UGCAGGAUCCUGGACGACAUGGAGAUGUACGAGCAGCAGGAGCCGUUCAAGCUGCAGGACUUCGUCAACAUGUCGCACUUCCUCAACAUGUUCGUCUACAAGUCCAUCAUGGGCCAGCUGUUUGACCUCAAGACUAUCCAAAGCAACGAGCUCUUCAGCUGUGUUCACACAUUACUCCUGGUGCUAUACCGGCGCGAUUGCCGGCGCGCCUACACGCCGCCGCAGCACUGGCUGGUCCGAGACAUCCGCGACUCGCAGUUCAUGGCCGACCUGGACAAGGGCAAGAAGCCGCAGCAGGUUCUGGUGCAAAAAACUCCCCACAUGAUCGCUCAUGGAGAAAGAGUCAGACUCUUCAGGCGUGCUGUAGCUGAUGAAAAGGUGGUGCUAGGCCUAACGGAGCGAGCUUGCGGCGGGCGUUCUACACUAGUCACCGUACGAAGGGCACGUUUAGUAGAAGAUGGUUACCGGCAACUGGCGGCGCUGCCCAGCCGCGCGCUGAAAGGCUGCGUGCGAGUGCGCUUCAUCAACGAGCAGGGGCUGGACGAGGCCGGCAUCGACCAGGACGGCGUGUUCAAAGAGUUCCUGGAGGAGACGAUAAAGCGCGUGUUCGACCCGUCUCUUAACCUGUUCCGCGCCACGAGCGAGGAGCGCCUGUACCCCGCGCCCACGUCCUGCCUGCAGGACAACCACCUGCAGCUCUUCGAGUUCAUCGGCCGCAUGCUCGGCAAGGCCGUCUACGAGGGUAUCGUGGUGGACGUGCCAUUCGCGUCGUUCUUCCUGAGCCAAGUACUGGGACAGACGCAGCAAGCGCUGUACAGUUGGAUCGACGAGCUGCCCUCGCUCGAUCGCGAUCUCUAUCGGAGUCUGACGUACAUUAAACACUUCCAGGGUGACAUAUCGUCGUUAGAGUUGACAUUCUCAGUGGACGAAGAAAGGCUUGGGGAAAUAGUAACACACGAAUUAGUGCCGGGGGGCAAGGCCAUCCCUGUCACCAACGAAAACAAAAUAAAUUAUAUCCACCUUAUGGCACAUUUCCGAAUGCACACGCAAAUAAAGGACCAAACCAACGCGUUUAUCAAAGGCUUUAGGACGAUUAUAAAUCCAGAAUGGUUAUCGCUUUUUUCUACUCCUGAGUUACAACGACUGAUCAGCGGCGACAACGUGCCGCUUGACCUGCGCGACUUACGGCGCCACACGCAGUACUACGGCGGCUUCCACGACUCGCACCGCGUCGUGUGCUGGCUGUGGGACGUGUUACAGCGCGACUUCAGCGAGAAUGAACGCGCCAUGUUCCUCAAGUUCGUAACGUCGUGCUCCAAGCCUCCCGUGCUUGGGUUCGCGCACCUGAAGCCGCCGUUCUCGAUACGAUGCGUUGAAGUUGGCGAUGACGAGGACACUGGCGACACUAUAGGUAGCGUGAUCCGUGGCUUCUUCACGAUUCGCAAGAAGGACCCGUUGAACAGACUGCCGACUUCUUCCACCUGCUUCAAUCUACUGAAGCUGCCCAACUACCAGAAGCGAAGCACGCUACGCGACAAGCUGCGGUAUGCCGUCAACAGCAAUACCGGUUUCGAACUCUCGUAGGCUCAAAUGUUUCAGCCACAGAUUCAGGAACGGUGCCGAAUGUUUGAGAAAAUUAAGCAACAGUCGCGGCAACUUUAGGAACAUUUCAGAAAAAUCUAAGUUAAACUGGUAAGCUUCUUCAAGCACUGAAGGUUGGUAACGCAAAUUCGCGAUAUAGUCAUAAUCGAAUUAAUGAGUGGACUCCGCUACACAGAGUACACACAACGUGACACAAUCAGAACAUCAUAAGUCACUUGUUGAACUUGAGAUCAGUGGAAUAAGAUUUGUAUAGUGCGUGCACUGAUUUUGACUUCAAAAAGUGGGUUAUGCAUCGACUUUACUUGACUAUGGUGUCAUAAUCUCCUUUUCGGAAGCAGUCGACUGAAUAAUAUUGAUUUCGAUGCUAUUUAAAGUAACACCCUUCUAGACAAAGUAGCGUAUCUGAAAGAUUCAGUUUCUAAAAUCCCUUUGUGAAACAAUAAAUCCGUGUUAAUGUUACUUUGUUUGAAGGGGCAGUUCAUAGAUAGCUUGAACGAUGGAUUAAACGUGCCACAUUACAUUAUCAAAAGUUCUAGGUCAAAAAAACAUCCUUUUAUAAAUAAUGUUGAUCUCUUAAGUUUUCACGCAAAAUUGUCUGUGUUAAUUAUAAGGUAUAUUAUAUCACCUCCCAAUAUGGGUAUACCUUUAAUAAAUCACCUGUGCCAUCGGAAUAUACUUUUGUGUACUCAAGAAUAUCAACGAAGACCACAAAAAUUCUGAUGACAUUAAAACUGAGACUUAUAAUUUGUCAUUAACUUUUAGAGCGCUUUUACAUUAGGGCUUUAGAAGCGCGACAGCAGCGCGGCAGCGGCGUUUUUAUAAUGUGAAGGCAGGCAUCCGCUGUCACAUAGUAUGAAAUUUUCGGCAGCGCGUCUGACGCGCGUUUGUUGCGCUGCUAAAUCGCCUAAAUGUGAAAGCGCUCUUAAUCGCACUCCUAAAAGUCCUAAAAUAAUCAUACGUGCGCUAGCCACACCAUAUUUGUUGCACGUCAACUUUGAAUUUAAUUACGAGAUAUUUAUGUAAAGAAUCAAUAGAGUACGGAUGAAAAGGGUAGAUUUGUUAUAUCUGCAGAGUCCAUUCCACAUAAGAAGUCCUAUGCCCUAUGUUUGCAAUAAUCAACACAGGUUUCAGUACAUUUUCACACUUUUAUAUUGUAUAUCCACUGGCUUCAUUUGUGUAAUGGGCUCUUUACGUGUACUAUAAUUAGCUAAUUAAAGAUAAAUUCUGUUAAAACGUUUUAGUAUCACAUCCAGAUAUGAAAUUUAUUUGCACCAUUAUUACUUAGUAAAUGUGUUGCUAUGUAAUGGGAUAUGAUAUGGCUUGAGUAGUUGUGUAAUAAUAAUACCAAUGCAAUCAAUACUGUACAUACUUGAACGCUCUGCGGUAUAUCGAGCUCGGCCAGUAACUUAGGAAUUAGAAAUAUUAUGUAUCUAUUAAACUGUUCGUUGUUGAAUGCGUUAAAUUGUAAAACGUUACAAGUGAAACGCAAUUUUGUAUUACAAUGCACUGAUAUCAGAAACACAAUCUGAGAUUAAACUUAAUGCAAUAAUGUCAUAUAAAUAACUUGACUAUUUACUUUAUUAUACUUGUAUAAAUUCUUUUUGUAACUGCAGUAUGGAUUAAGUUUCUCGUUAAGGCCUAAAUAUCUAGCAUGACUGCUGGUAUGAAUAGAAUCAGGUUAAAACAAAAGCCUAAAAUAAUGAUACGAAUUAUCUAUUUUAUUCAGUAUCACAUAGAAGAACAACGCACACAUGGAAUAGGCUCUUGGCGUAUUCAAACUCCUAUUGUGAAACGACACUCAAAUAUGAAUCUACAUACACUAGAAACAAUCUUGUGAUUGGUUCAAAUAUUGGCAUUCAACUAAUUACAGAUAUCAUUAGAUCUAAACUUGAAAUUGAACGGCGCUUUGAGCUUCAUUUCACAAUACCGGCAUCAAGUAUAAAUUUUAAAA